UGUGUCGAUGUGUAUAAUAUUCGACACGGGACGCUACUUUUGUUUCACGUGCCUGGAUAAAGUCGCAAUUUGAAACGUUGAAUCACUCAGCAAAUCCAGCAUCCGACGACUGGUGAGAGGAAUUCUCGCGCAGAAUGAAUGUCGUUCGGAUUAAUUCGAAGAACGUGAUAUUCCUUUUUAUGGCACUCCUGUCAACCUCCGUCCAGGAGACUCGCAUGGAUUACGGUACUGCAACCAGUUAUGCUCUGAAAGAAGCUAAUGUAAACUCAACGCCAGCCUACAAUAGCAAAAAGGAGGAAAUGGCUGGUCUGUGUCCAAGUGGGAUAUCUUGCAUAGAAUUGAGUGGAGAAUGCUUGAAGUGCAACUUAAAUUACAGCUGCAAAUAUGGAGCAAUGUAUGAAGCAAAUUGCUCCGUGAUGGAACAUGUCGAUUGUAUAGGCAAACAGACUUUUAUGAAGAAAUACAUGUGUCGUUAUUGUUAUCAAACUGAUCACUGGGAGCAUCAAUGCCAUCAAAAAAAUUCCUGUAGCUCAGUAGCGUCUCCUCAACAGUAUUAUAGAACAAAUUGUACAGUAAACAAUGACAUACUGUGUCUGGGCAGACGGAAAUUCAUGAAGAACUUGCCUUGUAACUGGACAGUUGGAUAUCGUUGGUCUACGGCUUUGAUCUUAAGCAUUACUCUUGGAGGAUUUGGUGCAGAUAGGUUUUACUUGGGACACUGGCAAGAAGGCAUUGGCAAGCUUUUUAGUUUUGGUGGAUUAGGUGUAUGGACUUUAAUCGAUGUAAUAUUAAUCUCUAUGAGAUAUUUAGGCCCCGCUGAUGGCUCUUUGUAUAUUUAG